AUGCCAAAAAUGUACUUCCAACAAACUCUCGUCACGUUUUCGUUCCGACAGGAUGGAGUGGCGCCCUUAGAUCUGGCACGGAAGAACUAUGAUGUGGAACUCGUUCGUCUAUUGGUGAAGAAUGGGGCCACGGGUAAUGCUCAGAAUGAGAUUGAUAUCACCUCAACGGAAAUUUCAUACUCCAAGUGUGGAGCUCCGAGAGUUGGUUUAGUCUGUGUUUGGGUGUUCCUUGUGUGUGUUUUACACAGCACUAGUUCUGUAACAGUUUUGGUAAACCCCAGAGUUGACAUUCAGCUUCCCAAGCCUGACGUUACUUUGCCAUGCAACAUUACAACGCAAAACCCCAAAGCCAAAUACACGGUGAUAUGGCGCUGCCAGCAGCUGAACGGCGACAGAUUACUCAGUGGUCUAUCAAGCGGUCAAAUCUACAAAGUCGCAGAGUUUAAUGACACGGCUUUCCUGGGAGACGAAUGUUCCUUGGUUCUCCGUGACCCCAAACCAGAAUAUAGCGACAACUACUCCGUUACUGUUGUUGUACCCGAGGAACAAGCCGUGGUUGAGGCUCAAGUUUGCCUGAAUGUUUGGCCCCCAGUGUCGGUGACUCCUCAAAUCAAAACAGUGAACCACACCGAUAAUGACAAAGUGACAAGCCCAUAUCCUUCAUAUAGAGACUCAGAAGAGAUCAAGCCAUGGUGGGUCUUUAUUCCAGUGGUCAGUGUGCUCUUGUUGGUUUGUGCUGGUCUUGUUUACUGCAGGAUCAAAAGAAGACGACAAAAUCGGAAAAAUGUACAGAGUGUUGAUGAAAUGCCUGAAAGCGUAAGUAAAUUUGUAACAUGUAUGGAUAUGUAUGUUCUUAUGCAUAAAUGUUUCAGGUAGUUAGCUGAUAUAAAACGGAACCCAGUUGCUUUAGUUGUUGGCAGGGAUGAAUCUACAAAGCCUUUGAUUCAUUUUAAAGGAAAAAUAAGAACAAAAAUAAAUUCUACAUGAUCGCCGUAGCCAUGGAGACAUAGUUUAGUAUAUUGCUCAAGAGCCCAUUUUCUAUAGGCUUCAAAACUGUUCUUAAAAUUUGACUAUAUAUGCAAAGGUGUAUACCAAUAUACACGUUACUUGCACCCUUGUUCUGUACAGUAAGCCAAUUUUCUGGAAUGUGUAAGACUGUUAUCUCAGUACCCAACCUCCCAAAACUUUACCACCAUCUUGGCCACCUUGUUCAAAUGUCAUGGAAACCCAAUCAUUACACGUUGAUACACAUAGCUGACACAAAAUAUGGAGGUUUUGGCCAAAGUUUGAUGAGGAAUAUUUGUAAUGUUGCUGGAAAGUACAGCUGACUGGCUAAAUUCAAUCUCUUGAUAGUCAUUGUGUAUAUGUGUAAAUGUGUAUGUUGCAAGCAGGUUUAUUCAUUAAGAACAGCAGGUGCAUAAAUGCACGCUAACCCCCUGUGUGGAACACAUACAUGCUUGUAGUUUGCUGAAAUACAAUGUAUAGAAAGUACCCAAAAUAUUGAGACCUUGUAUAUGAGCAUACUUUAAGGUGGUCACUUUUCCCUAUCUUGGUUUACAUGUUUAUAGUGGUGACUUGUGGGAGUGAUAAUGAUUUAUUUUAAUAUGUAGUAUGUUCAAACAUCGACACAUU